UCAAUGCUACAAAAACUCACCUGUUUAUCUUUACUUUAUCUUAAAGCAUACGUGUUUUCAUUUAGGUUUGUUUGUCUGUGUCCCCUUAUUCAACAUCGUUGCUUGGAUCUAGUUAAGCACAGAUGGUUUCUUUUUUUUUUUUAGAUGUUACGAUAAAUCCAGCUAUCCAAGACCUUAUCCCAAAAUUUCCCGGCUGUGUUUAGCUCAUGGUUUAGCUGCUAUUACUGUUACUACGGCUGGUUGGGAGCGCCACUGACCGAGCUGGAGGGAGUGACGGAGCCGACAGACAAUGAACAGGCGGAGGGAAUCUGACACAAUGCUGCCUGAUGUAAGAACAAACAUCUUGUUGUAGCAGCCUGAAAAUAGCCUACUGGAUUCUUCAGGUUGAGCUUGACUGCAGAGUGUUGGGACUGCACGGAUUCUUGCUAUCAUGGAAUUUCCUUUCGACAUAAAUGCCCUUUUCCCGGAGCAGAUUUCAGUGUUGGAUCAGCAUUUGGCAGCGGGUCGAAAAUCAGCUGGAAGAGGAGAUCCACAAGCACUCAUUACCAGAGUCAUCGAUGAGCUGGGGAAAGCCUCGGCCAAGGCUCAGCAGCUGCCUGCACCCAUAACUAGUGCAGCCAAACUCCAGACUAACACACAUCUACUGUACCUGCUCAAGGAUGGAGAAUUGAAUGGAGGACGAGGUGUGGCUGUUGGGUUCCUCAAGCUUGGAUACAAGAAGCUCUUUCUCCUGGACCAGAGGGGGGCGCACGUAGAGACCGAGCCACUGUGUGUUUUGGAUUUUUACGUCACAGAGAACCUGCAGAGACACGGCUAUGGGCAGGAGCUCUUCAACUUCAUGCUGCAGCAUAAGAAGGUGGAGCCAGAGCUGUUGGCAUAUGACAGGCCUUCCCCUAAGUUCCUGGCAUUUCUCAGAAAACACUAUGAUUUGAAGGAGGGUGUUCCUCAGGUGAAUAACUUUGUGGUCUUCAAUGGCUUCUUCAGGAACACAGCAGCGGUCCCAUUGAGAAAAGUUCCCCCAAGAAAGCCAGAGGGAGAGAUCAAACCGUACUCGCUAGUGGAGAGGGAUGUGGUUCGGGAGGAGCAGCGAGUCCCUCCAUGGCCGUUUGUUCGCCCCGGGGGUCCCCUCCCCUCGCCGCCCGUGUCGCGCUCCCUCAGUGUGGGAUCCUCCCCCAGCAGGACUCCCCCCGCCGCGCUGCACGCGCACACCCGACUCAGCGACAACUGCAGGGCCAAGCGCACCAGCCACUGGGGUUUGGUUGCGAGGGGCAACAUGUACAGUCGCCAUAUCAACAGCCGAGGCAUGGGGCUUCUGUUGGAGGACCAGCAAGCCACCCUGAAACUCCCAGGUUUGCAGCCAGUGACAGACAGACAGGGUCAAACAGGGCGACAGGCAUAUACGGGACGUAUACAUUCACUCAGGCAAGAGCCUUCACCUGUUACCCUGCCUCCGCUCGUCUCACGGAAGGACUCCUCGCUCACUCCGACCCCCAUAGAGGCUCCGGCAGCGACAGCGACAGGAGAGAAACUACAGCCUGAGGCCACGGUGACCGGCGGCAUGCAGAACAGCCAGAACAGAGGCGUCUGGGGAGAGACGCACCUCCGCUCGGGAGCGACAGAGGGAGGUGGAGAGGGAGGGAGGAGCGGAGGAGGAGGAGGAGCGGAGGCGAGGAAGAGGAGCGAGCUGCCCGAGCUGGUGCAGGAGCGUCCGGCGCGGGGCAGCUGGUCGUGGGUGGUGGGCGAGGACCGCUGCACGGCCCAGUGGGUGCGGCAGAAGCAGGAGCAGCGGAGCACGCGGCCCUGGUGACCCGGCGAGAGAGAGAGAGAGAGAGAGAGAGAGAGAGAGAGAGAGAGAGAGAGAGAGAGAGAGAGAGAGAGAGAGAGAGAGAGAGAGAGAGAGAGAGAGAGAGAGAGAGAGAGAGAGAGAGAGAGAGAGAGAGAGAGAGAGAGAGAGAGAAAAAGAGAGAAGGGCUCACGUGGGUGAAGGUGGCAUCAGUAGAUGCAGCCGUGCCAAUCUCCCCGGUCAGCCCCACCGCCCGCUCCCACUGCCCGCUCCCACUGCCCGCUCCCACUGCCCGCUCCCACUGCAGAUAGGUGAAGGACAAACAGACAGGAGACCGGACAUGGGAGGUGUUGACCCUCUACAGCUCCCACAAACACAAAAUGCACAAGCACGAGCUAUGCACGGACUAACAUAGCAAUAGUGUCAACUAGAUUAUUUAUAAUGCCACUUUGUAUUUACUGUAACGUAUGCAAUGAAAUGGCCGAAGUGACGGGUUCAAACUAACAUGCUCAGGUGUUUUGUAAUAUGAUUUUGUUUAUAAAAGCGGACAUCACCAGAGGACUGCGUAGUUGUGCUUUCUUAAUAAUUACAUUCGAAGUGACCGUUCCCAAUGUUUUUACUGAGUCAGUGUGACCGGUCUUCAGUGGUAUG